CUAUCCCUCACGUACUCCUCAAACUCACACAAAGAAUCCCAACCACAUUCCCCCCACAUAAACAUCAAACAGUUAUCUUUCUCGUCCUAUUUUGUUAAAAAAAUAAAUCACAUUUCAAACCACCAUCUUAACUACCAUAACUGAAUUGGGUUUCCUCCAUAAUUCUUCCCAAUGGAGUCUGUUGCCUCCAGCUCCUCUCCACCACACCACCACCACCCCCAACGGCCACGGACACGGUUCAAGCCCACCCAGCCCUUCGCGGACCGGAUAGUCCGCGCCCUCCACCACGACAUCCGCCUCCUCCACCGCCGCGAAUCCACUUUCUUCAUCCUGGGCGCCACGGGGAACGUGUACACCGUGGCCUUAUGCUUCACCCCUUCAUGCACGUGCCCUGACCGCACAACCCCAUGCAAGCACAUACUCUUCGUGUUCCUCCGAGUGCUCGGCCUUCCCCUCGACGACACGUGUCUCAGGAGGAGGACGCUCCGGCCGUGCCAGGUUAGCCGCCUGUUGGGGCUGCCGACGCUGCCCGAAUCACUGGCUGGUGUAAGUGUUCGACAGAGGUUUCAUCAGCUGUUUUUCAACCAGGGCUCGUCAGCUUCAUCGUCAAGAACAAGGCCAAAGGAUGUGGAGAUUGAAGAGGGCAGAAGCUGCCCUGUUUGCUUGGAGGAGAUGGGAAGGGAAGAGAGAGUGGUGGCUUGCGGGACAUGCAGAAACCCAAUUCAUGAGGAGUGUUUGAUGAAGUGGAAGAGGAGCAGCGGGAGGAGGUCGGCUUAUUGUGUGAUUUGUAGGGCAAGGUGGAGGGAUAUCAAUAGGACGAUGGUACAAGACAAGUACUUGAAUUUGACUGCUUAUGCUACAAGUCAUGAUCAAAACGAUGAUUCUGAUGAGGGUCUCUGUGGUGGUGGUGGGUAAAUCCCAUGUUUAUAAUGUAAAUAAUUAUCGGCAGGACAGGUUAAAAAGGGUUAAACAUAAUUGUAAGUUGAUACUGAAAUUGUAAAUUUGGAAAGGAAAUGAUAAAGUGCUUUUAUUA